CCCUCCGUCGCCGCUCCGGCCGUCGCGUCUCUAUGACCGAGCCCGCCAGGCCAACGUCACGAGCCCCGAGGCAUCGAUGGCCGUCGAGGGCCGAGCCCAGCAGCCCGCGUUGGCUGUUACUGCGCCUGCGCUUCAGGCCCCGCGGCCCGGGCGGUGCUUCUUCGUGCGCCUGUGUUUGCUCGGUCUCUCCAGAAACAGCGCCCCUGGCGGCCGGAGCUGUUGGCGGUUUAAGGGAGAUGAAUGUGCAAAGGGACGAGCACCAGCCACACUGGAAGUCACGUGGGGGCUUGUGGGCAAGAAGCCAGAGGUCAACUCGGACUUUGUACACAGGACAUGGCGACAGGGCCCUGCCGGGAAGUGCAGGGCCGAGGUCAGAUGUGCAGGGCCUGUCACCGUCGCUGCUGUCACCAUGCUGCCCCCCAGGACGGCAUCCCUCCUGACUCUGCUCCUGGCCGUCGGCUCCUUGGGUCAGAGGGCUCAGAGACCCCCUCGGCCCCCGUCCCCCAUCAGCGCCAUCCAGCCCAAGGCCAACUUCGACGCGCAGCGGUUUUCAGGGACCUGGUUCCUUGUGGCCGUGGCCUCUGCGUGCCGCUCCCUGCAGGAGCAGGGCCACCGGGCUGAGGCCACCACACUGCAUGUGACUCCUCAGGGUGCAGCCAUGGCUGUCAGCACCUUCCGGAAGCUGGAUGGGAUCUGCUGGCAGGUGCGGCAGCUCUACGGUGACACGGGGCUCCCAGGUCGCUUUCUGCUCCAAGCCCGAGGCGCCCGAGGGGCGGUGGACGUGGUCGUUGGGGAGACGGACUACCGGGGCUUCGCCAUCUUGUACCUGGAGCGGGCGCGGCGGCUGUCGGUGAAGCUGUACGGUACGUCCCCGCGGGACCGGGUCUGCACACGCGCAGGGCCGUCUGGGUGGGCCCGGAUGGGCACAUGGACGCUCCCCUCCCUUUCCCCUGCCCUUGCCGUUAGACCCAGAUGUGGGGACAGAGAGGAGACCGGGGGUGGGGGGCAGGGGUCAGAUCACAGCCCCCGGCACACAGCCCAGCUCCCAGAGCGCCCUGCCCGCCCAGCCCGCACCCACCCAGCGGGCGCCCAGGAGCCCCGUGUGUCCCGCACACAGCCCGCUCGCUCCCCGUGAGCGAAUCAUUCCUGAGUGUGUUUGAGCAGCGGGUCCAGGGUGCCAACCUGACCGAGGACCACACCCUGUUCUUCCCCAAGUAUGGUGAGUGUCCCUGCGUCUCCCGCGGUCCAC